UUGAGAGCAAUGGAUUGCCAUGAAUGACAGAAGGCAGCAGAGUUCUGGUUGGGAGGGAAAGUGAAGGCUGCCCCCUACUCCCAAAACCUCUCCAGGAUGGCCAGAGCAAAGCUGAAGAAGUCGCCGUCCGACAGCAAUGCCCACCAGAAAACCAUCCCACCCCUGGCAACGAUAGAGGAUGUCCCAGGGGUCAGCCCCCUGUUGCCCGCCCGAAGGAUGGGAUCCUUAGGGAGCGAAACUGGACACAGGCCACAUAUUGAAGAUUUCAGCAUGGAUUCUUCCCUCUCGCAGGUGCAAGUGGAGUUUUAUGUGAAUGAAAACACAUUUAAGGAGCGUCUCAAGCUAUUCUUCAUCAAAAACCAAAGAUCAAGUCUGAGGAUCCGUCUCUUCAACUUCUCCCUAAAGCUUCUUACCUGCCUUCUUUAUAUCGUCCGCGUUCUGCUUGACGACCCAGAACGGAUAGGGUGUUGGGAAUGUGAAAAACACAAUUAUUCAACCUUCAACCAGUCGUCUACAAUAAUUAAUUGGGAUCCGAUCGUGUGGGUGGACCGGAACAAACCGUUAUGGGCGAUACAAGUCAGCGUAGCAAUAAUUAGCUUCCUCGAGACAAUGCUACUGAUCUAUCUCAGCUACAAGGGAAACAUUUGGGAGCAGGUCUUCCGUGUGUCCUUCAUCCUUGAAAUGAUCAACACUGUGCCCUUCAUCAUCACAAUAUUUUGGUCGCCUCUACGCAACUUAUUUAUUCCCGUUUUCCUGAAUUGCUGGCUGGCAAAGCACGCUUUGGAAAACAUGAUUAAUGAUCUACACCGAGCGAUACAAAGAACCCAAUCUGCUAUGUUCAACCAGGUGCUCAUUUUGAUUUGCACCCUGCUGUGUCUUGUUUUCACUGGAACUUGUGGCAUCCAGCACUUAGAAAGAGCUGGUGAAAACCUGUCCCUCUUCAAGUCGUUUUAUUUCUGCAUUGUCACCUUCUCCACGGUGGGCUACGGCGAUGUCACACCCAAGAUUUGGCCGUCCCAGCUGUUAGUGGUGAUUAUGAUAUGCGUGGCCCUGGUGGUAUUACCGCUGCAGUUUGAAGAACUCGUCUACCUGUGGAUGGAGCGGCAGAAAUCCGGAGGGAACUACAGUCGCCACCGGGCACAGACAGAGAAGCACGUGGUCCUCUGUGUCAGCUCCCUCAAGAUUGACCUGCUCAUGGACUUCCUCAAUGAAUUCUACGCUCACCCUAGACUGCAGGAUUAUUAUGUGGUUAUCCUUUGUCCGACAGAGAUGGAUAUUCAGGUGCGACGGGUCCUUCAGAUCCCACUAUGGUCUCAGCGUGUGAUCUAUCUCCAGGGAUCUGCCCUGAAAGAUCAGGAUCUCAUGAGAGCAAAGAUGGACAACGGAGAAGCCUGCUUCAUUCUGAGCAGCCGGAAUGAGGUGGACCGCACGGCUGCUGAUCACCAGACGAUUCUCAGGGCUUGGGCGGUGAAAGACUUUGCUCCAAACUGUCCCCUCUACGUCCAGAUCUUGAAGCCGGAGAAUAAGUUCCAUGUAAAAUUUGCUGAUCAUGUGGUUUGCGAAGAGGAAUGCAAGUACGCCAUGCUGGCUCUGAACUGUGUCUGCCCGGCCACCUCAACGCUCAUCACUCUCCUCGUUCACACUUCCAGAGGACAAGAGGGACAGGAAUCUCCCGAGCAGUGGCAAAGGAUGUACGGCCGCUGCUCAGGCAACGAGGUCUACCACAUCCGUAUGGGCGACAGCAAGUUCUUCAUGGAGUACGAGGGGAAGAGCUUCACCUAUGCAUCCUUCCAUGCCCACAAAAAGUAUGGUGUCUGUUUGAUGGGGGUGAGGAGGGAGGAGAACAAGAGCAUCCUGCUCAACCCUGGACCACGACACAUCAUGACAGCUUCGGACACUUGCUUCUACAUCAACAUCACGAAGGAGGAGAACUCAGCUUUCAUAUUCAAGCAGGAAGAGAAGCAAAAAAAGAAAGGAUUUGCGGGCAGAGGCAUCUAUGAUGGGCCCUCAAGGUUGCCAGUCCACAGCAUCAUUGCUAGCAUGGGCACGGUAGCCAUGGACCUUCAGAACACCGAGUGCCACCCCAUCAGCAACAGCAAGCUCACCCUGCCCGCGGAGAACGGCUCUGGCAAGAGGAGGCCCAGCAUUGCCCCAGUCCUGGAGGUGGCCGACAGUUGUUCCCUCUUACCAUGUGACAUGCUCAGCGACCAAUCAGAGGACGAGAUGACUCAGUCAGACGACGAAGGCCUUACUGUUGUAGAGUACGUGAAAGGUUACCCUCCUAACUCUCCCUACAUUGGAAGUUCUCCAACGUUAUGCCACCUUUUGCCCGUUAAAGCACCAUUCUGCUGCUUGCGCUUGGAUAAGGGCUGCAAGCACAACAGCUAUGAAGACGCCAAGGCCUACGGCUUUAAGAACAAGUUGAUCAUUGUGUCGGCGGAGACAGCUGGGAACGGCUUGUAUAACUUCAUCGUCCCUCUCCGUGCGUACUAUCGGUCACGCAAAGAGUUAAACCCCAUCGUGCUGUUAUUGGAUAAUAAGCCUGACCACCACUUUCUGGAAGCCAUUUGCUGCUUCCCAAUGGUCUAUUAUAUGGAAGGCACAAUCGAUAACCUGGACAGUUUGCUGCAGUGCGGGAUCAUUUAUGCCGACAAUUUGGUGGUGGUGGACAAGGAGAGCACCAUGAGCGCAGAGGAGGAUUACAUGGCUGACGCCAAGACCAUCGUCAAUGUCCAAACCAUGUUCAGGCUUUUCCCAAGCCUGAGCAUCAUUACAGAGCUGACACAUCCAUCCAACAUGAGGUUCAUGCAGUUUCGGGCCAAGGACAGCUACUCGUUGGCCCUUUCGAAGCUAGAAAAGAAAGAGCGAGAGAAUGGCUCCAACUUGGCCUUCAUGUUCCGGCUCCCAUUUGCCGCUGGCAGAGUUUUCAGUAUCAGCAUGUUGGACACGCUGCUUUACCAGUCGUUUGUGAAGGAUUACAUGAUCACCAUCACAAGAUUGCUUCUAGGCCUUGACACCACCCCAGGUUCUGGCUACCUCUGUGCAAUGAAAAUCACUGAAAAUGACCUGUGGAUCCGAACGUACGGGCGUCUCUUCCAGAAGCUGUGCUCUUCUAGUGCUGAAAUCCCCAUCGGCAUCUAUAGGACUGAGUCUCACAUGUUUUCUACUCCUCAUGACACCAGAACCCAAUCACAGAUUUCAAUCAAUGUGGAAGACUGCGAGGACACCAAAGAGGUGAAGGAGUACUGGAACGCCAAAACGAAUCACCACCGAAACUCGUAUUCCACUGACCCGACGGAGCACCCGUUGCUUCGGCGUAAGAGCAUGCAGUGGGCGCGCAGGCUGAGCCGGAAAGGGAACCACAAGCCCACGGCCAAAACCGCCGAGUGGAUCAACCAGCAGAGGUUGAGCCUUUACCGGCGGUCGGAGCGGCAGGAGCUGUCAGAGCUGGUGAAGAACCGGAUGAAACAUCUGGGCUUGCCCACGGCAGGGUACGAGGAUGUAGCAAAUUUAACAGCCUGUGAUGUGAUGAAUCGGGUAAACCUUGGAUAUUUGCAAGAUGAAAUGAACGACCACCAGAACACAUUGUCCUAUGUCCUCAUCAACCCUCCUCCUGACACACGGCUGGAACUCAACGACAUCGUGUAUUUAAUACGACCUGAUCCCUUAGCUCACGUGGAAAAUGAAGCUCACAGUCGAAAGAGCAGCUGCAGUAACAAACUGGACCCUUGUAGCCCUGAAACAAGAGACGAGACACAGCUCUGA